AUGGCGGUGAAGGCUGAAGGAUAUUAUCAUGUACAUGUAAAAGAUAUUCUUCUGCCUGAGGACCUCAUCAAAGAGCUAAUAUCACUUGCCUCCAAAUGGGGAGACGUCAUUGAUUUCACUGCUCUCAAUUUGGUUCAUCUCAGCGGCGCCAUGACUAAUCUCGUUUACCAGAUCUCCUGGCCUACCAAUUAUACCGACGACGACGGCGGCGGCGGCAAUGCUCGCCGGACCCGGACAGUGUUGGUGCGGAUAUACGGCGAUGGCCUCGACAUUUUCUUCGACCGCUACCACGAGAUUCAGACAUUCAAGUGCUUGUCAGAGCAAGGAUAUGGUCCCAAGCUUCUAGGGCAGUUCCACAAGGGUAGAGUUGAGGAGUUCAUUCAUGCAAGGACUCUGUCGGCGGGCGAUCUUCGCAACCCGGAAAUAUCGGGCCUCAUAGCUGCAAAAAUGAGGCAGUUUCAUGAGCUGGACAUGCCAGGUCCGAAAAGGGUUCUCUUGUGGAAUAGAAUGAGAAAGUGGCUUGCCGAGGCCAAAGCUUUGUGCGCUCCCGGUGUGGCGAAGGAGCAUCAGCUGGAUCGAUUGGAGAAGGAACUCGGCUUGUUGGAGAAAAUGGUGUCCGGGAAACAUCAAGAGAUUGUGUUCUGCCACAAUGACCUGCAGUAUGGAAACAUAAUGAUCGAUGGCAAGAACGAAUCUGUUACGAUAAUUGAUUAUGAAUAUGCGAGUUACAAUCCGGUGGCAUAUGAUAUCGCCAAUCACUUCUGCGAGAUGGCUGCAGAUUAUCACACGGAUACACCUCAUGUCCUGGACUACAGCAAGUACCCUGAUCGAAAGGAGCAGCGACUAUUCGUACAAAAUUACCUGAAAUCUGCAGGGCAAGAACCGAGCGAAGCUGCCAUAGAACAAGUGUUGGAUGACGUCGAAAAGUAUGCUCUAGCCAGCCACAUCUUCUGGGGACUAUGGGGAAUAAUCUCGGUAACUAGAGCAAUCUCUUUGUGCUUUCUUGCAUGUAUGUGGAUGUCGGGUAUUAAUGUCCCUAACCUGCAGGCACACGUGAGCAACAUCAAUUUUGAUUACAUGGAGUAUGCGAGGCAGAGGUUCGAGCAGUAUUGGUUGAGAAAACCUGAAACAUUCAGACCAAGAGGGAGUCAUUGUGUCCAGGGAAGAAGACAGGACUCACUAUUUUUCAACAGCAUGUAUAUGUGAAUGCAGCACAGGCUACCAGUAUGCACUGCACAUUGCAAUAUGAGUCUACGAUGUAUAUAAUUCAUGUGUGUAUCAAUGAAACUUCCGUUGCUGCAAA